ACGCCCCACCUUUUUCACUGUGAGGAAUUAGUUCUUUCAACCAUAUAUUUGUAUUUUUCCGUCACAGCAGCUUUUUGGCUUCAGUGUGAGCUCUCGACACUGGCUGCAGCUCGUUUGAACAUUAUGGGGAUUUAAAGGCGAGGCGGGGGGGAGAGAGAGAAGGGACCAAAGCAAAAGGACUCGGCAUCUUUCUCUCUGCAUCUCCUCCUGCUGCUGCUGUGAGGCUGGAGAGGAUCAUGCAACACCUUAAACCAUGGCGAGCUCUGUUCCUUUUGACCGUGCUGUGCCAACCAGGGAUCUCAGACAAAUACGGUUGCCUGUUUGACAGAAAGCUGUGCACAAGGGAUCAGUACUGCUCAGAUGAUGGGCUGUUUGGUCAGUGUCUUAGCCCUAAGCAGGACCAGGUCCAGUACCAGGUGUCAGUUCCUGUUCUGAAGAGGAUGCAGGAAGUCCUCAAACAGCUCAUGCUACAAGGGCUUUCAUGGCAGGAUGACAUCACCCAGUAUAUUUUAUCAAAGGAGCUAAAGAGAGUUCCCCACACCACCCAUCCCUCUAAGCCAAAUUCCUCUUCCUCCUCUUCUCAUUCACCCCAGUCUAAACAGCACAUCCCCCAUCACCAUAGCUCUAAGUCAGGGUCCACACCUCCUGGUGGCAACUAUCUGGACUACAUGAUUGUUGAGCCUCCUCAGUCCCAGUUGCGAAUGCAGACAGCAUCCAUGGAACCAUAUACAUACCACCAGCAUAGAUACCAAGAUGAAGUAGAGAGGUCUCUCAUAGGGGCAGGAGGCAGCUAUGCCCGCCCCUCUUCAAGGUCCCAGGCCAGUCAGAGAGAGCGGGAGCGUGACAGGCAGCUGGUACAGGAAGCCUUGUCUCUGUACUUGGCAUCCGCACAGCCCUCAUAUCGCCACCGAGGGGCUGCUCCCAUUGCCCCCGGAGGUCUGCCUUACUAUGAAGACUUUGAACUGGAGAUACCAGUGGAUUAUGUGGAAGACUACAGCUUAGAGGAGAGGGUUGGUACUGCAGGCAGACAGCAAGCAAUGCAGCACAAGAAGACUCCUCAGGAUUUCAGCACUCUGCCUGGAAACAAUGAUGGCCUGCUCCAGAGGAUGUCAGGAGUCUUACAGAAGUACGGGGUUGACCCCAAAGAUCUCAGUCAGGAACAGCUCUAUAAGCUAGCCCUCAUACUGCAGCUGCUAAAGGCCCAAGAAAAAACAGAUCCAGUUGAAAAAGACCUCAUCACCCUCAAGGAGAUGCAGCUGUUAAAAACAGACAGUGUGUCAAAUAAGCCGCAGAAGUCUGCUCCUGUCCCUCCUGCUCCUCCUGCUCCAUCCUCUGUCUCAGCCCCAGCUACACCUCCGGCCAAGAGCACCACCCUUCCCACCUCUGCCUCCCAACCUCCUCAGGCUGCCCCUGCAGAAGCUGGACAAGGCUUGAAGGAGCAGGGACCGCCAAACGUUAAGGGUUCAGGAGCCAAGGAGGAGUAUUUUUACAUUGUCACCAACCAGAGUCCUCUGAGUCUAUAUGAUGGAGUGAAGCUGUUGGACCUAUUGGCUGAUAAGAUACACCUGACAACUAGCAGCUUCAUUAAUAUCAGCGUGGUGGGUCCUGCACUGACGUUCCGUGUCCGCCAGAAUGAGCACAACAUGACGGCUGCAGAGGUGGCUGCUAAAGCUGUAUCUGAAAAGAACUUCCUGGAAUCUGAGACAGGCCUGAAGAUUGUGCAGACUGGCGUGGGAGAGAGGACAGAUGCACGGGGUCUCCCUCAGGUAACCAGAGUUUCCCAGGGCUCCAGUGGGACUGUUAUCACCCUUGUUUCCAUGGCAGUCGUAGGAGGUGUGCUGGUAUUGGCCAUGGCUAUAGCUUGUCUCAGGCACUAUGCUCAGCAAGUGGCCAAUGGCAAGCUUGGUCUGGGGCCAGAAGGAGGAGCAGAAACACACUUUGAUUACCAGGAGCUAUGUCGGCAGCACAUGGCGUCCAAAUCCUCCCUGUGCCGCCAGGACUGUGUGGGCGGGGUGAGUAGCAGCAUAGCGGGGCCUGCCAUAGGCACGGGUGCUGGUGGUCGACGGGGUACGGACACGUCUCGCGUCAGCAGCGUUUCCUCCCAGUUCAGCGACGGUCCUCAGCACAGCCCAUCCUCCACCCACAGCUCAACCCCGUCCUGGAGCGAAGAGCCAGCCCAGUCUAAUAUGGACAUCUCUACUGGUCACAUGAUACUGGCAUACAUGGAGGAUCACCUGCGUAAUAAGGACCGCCUUCAGAAGGAAUGGGAAGCUUUGUGCUCCUACCAGGCUGAACCCAGUUCAGUAGCUGUGGCUCAAAGUCCAAGCAACAUGGACAGAAACAGACACGCUGAAUCCCUUCCCUAUGAUCACUCUCGGGUGAAGCUGAAGGCUGAAGUAAAUCCCAAUAAGCAAGAUUACAUCAACGCUAGCAUCAUUUUUGAUCAUGACCCCCGCCAACCAGCGUAUAUUGCCACACAGGGACCUCUGCCCCACACUGUUGCUGAUUUCUGGCAGAUGGUGUGGGAGAAUGGCUGCACAGUGAUUGUGAUGAUGACGGCCCUGGUAGAAGAUGGAGAGAAGCAGUGCGAGCGAUACUGGCCUGAUGAGGGCUCAUCACUCUACCACAUCUAUGAGGUGAACCUGGUGUCAGAGCACAUCUGGUGUAAGGACUUCCUGGUGCGCAGCUUCUACCUGAAGAACAUCCAGACACAGGAGACCAGAACCUUGACACAGUUCCACCUGCUGAGCUGGCCGGCUGACGGCAUCCCCACUUCUACGAGACCGUUGCUUGACUUCCGCAGGAAGGUGAAUAAAUGCUACAGAGGUCGUUCCUGCCCAAUCAUCGUUCACUGCAGUGAUGGUACUGGCAGAGCUGGCACGUACAUCCUCAUUGACAUGGUGCUGAACCGCAUGGCCAAAGGAGUGAAAGAGAUUGACAUCGCAGCCACACUGGAGCACAUCAGAGACCAGAGACCUGGCUUGGUCCGCACUAAGGAUCAGUUUGAGUUUGCGCUCACGGCAGUAGCAGAGGAGGUGAAUGCCAUCUUGAAAGCCCUGCCACAGUGAGCUGCAGCAGCCGAGGACACACUGAGGAUGCACAGACAAAGGAAAGAUAAAAAUACACUCGCUCUCCAAAGGACACACUCGUGCGAUCCAGUCGUGUAUGUCUGGCCAUCACUGUAAAUAAGAAUUUGCUCUACCACACUUGUUUUCAGCAUGCAGUAUUUUACCAUCUACUCAUUCUCUGGGUUUUUAAAACUAAAUUUUGUCGAAAAGUGUAUUAAUUGAUGAGGAUGUAAAUAUGAACAGAGGAUAAUUUUUUCAUCAUAUGGCACAAAUUUGAGACUUUGCUCAGUUUCUACCUAAUUAGUCAACAAUGAAGCCAUCAGAUAUGAAGUGCAAAGCAAAAGAAUGCACAUACUGCACUGGUGAGAAUCCAGUCUGAAUGACUGUAUUGACAUAUUGAACAUUGUUUACCUAUUUUGCUGCCAUUUGAUUCCAUCUUCCCCUCAUCAGCCCUGGACAUGAUGACAUGAUUACUUCAAAUGAUUAAUCAACAGAUGAUUUACCACCAAAGUUGAAGGUUUGUUUUGGCUGUUCUGUUGAACGUUACAACUCUCUUCGACUAAUGUUAAAAUAAUGUUAAGUCCCUUCACAAACUUACCAAACGCCCGACCACAAGGCAACCAUCCUACUGAUCCAUGGUAAGGUUUCUCUCCAUUUAACUCUGAGUGUAGUGUUGCGUGUCCACCAGAAUACUGUAUGCCACUGUCAAGUGUGUGUCGACUUCCAGCAAGUUUUUAUUUGAGAGGUUCGUCUUUGCCUUGACAACAUGAUUGUUUGCACAAACUAAGUAACUUUGUUUGGGUUCUUUUUUUGUCUUACUCAGUGUACGCCCUUGUGAUUAAUGUAAAUGACUCACCCUGAUGAUUGUGUUUAUUUCAUGUAGCAGAUAGAAAAUAUCUAUAAAAAAUGUAUUUUUGAUUUGACCUUAAUAAAUUUGUGAUGUGAUGCAGCAGAAAA